AUGUCCGAAGAUUUAAGAAACAUCUCUUUACCAUACCAGCUCUACCUUUAUAAUGAGGAAUUACGGCAUGCAAGCCCACGAAAACACAUUGUACGCCGCAUUAAAUCGAAAGCGGAUUUAACCUCCACAUUGAUUAAUGAAAAUAUUAAACAUCUUGACGACUAUGGCGUGGAGGAUUUGCGCACAAUCAAUCGUCAAGUGGAUUUCAAAGAGGAGUUAGCGAUAAAAGCUGUACUAAUGCAGGAGAACUGCAUUAGGCGGAAAUCGGAAAAUAUACCAAGCACUUGGUUGUAG